AUUAAAUAGCAAAAAAAAUAAAUUAAAAUAUUGGAUAUACUUAGUUAUUUUACCAGUGUAAGCAAAUUAAUUAAAAAGGUCAAAAAAUAGUAGGGAGAUGCCCCGCCCAAGGGAAUUUUAAGUACACAUAUAUAAUAUCUUUUUGACAGUUGAGUUAUAAUCCAAAGAUCGUUUCAAAAGAUAAGUUUGCCCUAAUUUGUUGAAUUGAAUUUCGAAUUCAUUCUAAUUGAAGUUGAAAGCCAAACAGUCAAGUGAGACUUAUGCCUUUUUGUGCCAAAUACUGUAGAAAUGUUCACAAUUAUAGAGAGCGCAUACAUUAUGAUUACGAUACCAACGUACAAUAUUUGUUGAUGCACCACCAGCAGAUUUUUCACGGCCCCAAGGUAAUAAGCAUUGUCCUAAGGGAAGAAAAUUGAGCUAUUGCUGAUUAUUUUAUUAUUAUUUUAAUUUAGUGGUCCAGAAAUGUGCAAUACAGAUGGGAAAUAUUUAAUUUGGAUUUUACUGUCUUUUACUUGUUUAACUAAAAUAAGUUAAAAUAAAAUUAAUUAGACUAAAUUGAGCUUAGGUAUAAUUAAAUUUAAUUAGUUUUAAUUUAUUUUCGUAGAUGUAUCAUUCAGUUGAUUUGUUGUAUAAUGGCUUAAGAACUCUCCGCUUAAAAGUGAAAUUUUUAACCACCUGUUUGUUAAAAAUUAAAAUCAUUUUUUAAAAUAUUUUUUUUUAUUUAUUUAUUUAAAAUAUUUUUCGAUUAAGGACCUCAUAUUAAUUGACUUAUUGAGCUAUAGAUCCAUUCAAGUAAGCUGUCAGGGAAACAUUUAAUUUCUUAAUAUGUCAAUACUUUUUAUUUAUAGUUUAUCAUCACCUGCCAAGAAAUUUUAACACGCCCACUUGUCACUCCAAUAGCAAAAUGCAUUCAUAAGGACUUAGAACAUUUUUCAAUUUCAAUCGGUGUCCACAGCACACAAGUCAAGCUCGAUGAUGGAUGCAUCAAAAUUAUCCGCCGGAAUUCUUAGCUUCAUGUUUCUAUACGCUAAAUGGACUGGAUUGAUCUGCUUCCGCUUUAGAAACCUGGAGAAUAAUGUCAUGGUCAUGGAGGAAAGUUGGAACAAUCGUCCCUGGUGGAAGUGUUUCAUGGUUAUUUUGCGACUCGUGCCUCUUUGCAUAUAUGUUUCUACUCUCGCUGAGUUUAUAUCGCGCAAAACACUAUUAAUUGAACAAAUUCUGCAAGCAACUCGCCUUGUUUUUUCGGUUUCCUGCUACACGUCGAUGAUUUACUUGAAUAUUUUCCACGGUUCAAAGGUGUCCAAGUUGGUCAAUCGAUAUUUGGACAUCUUUCGACAGGUAAACCCGAAGGCUAAUCGGAUAUCAGUGUCAAUUGGAGGCAGACGAGUGCUUUUGCUGAUCCUUCUUUCGGUUGGUUGUCAAAUUCAGGAAAUAGUCUUCCUGUUUGGAAUGAUUCAUUGGGCUUUCAGUCUAGAAAAUAUGGUCGUGUUUGCCAGUCACACAUAUGUUAUUAUUGCCAGCAAUACGUUUAUGCGUAUAAGUUUUAUUUGGUAUCUUAGCUUGGGUGUUCUCUGUGCCAACUUAAGUGAAAAUCUUCAAAUCGAGUGCUUAAAAAAUAAUCAACGGUAUCAAAAUUCACGUCACCAGAUAAAUAAAACGCAAAGAUUGAAGAGAACUAUGUCGCUUUGUAGAGAAAUUACUUAUGUGGUCACUUCCUUGCAGGACAUUUCCAGUGUUCAUCUAUUUCUGAGCGGUGUUCAAAGUCUUUUUCAAAUAGUAACGAUCUCUUUCAAAAUGAUAAAUGAUUUGCAGUUCUCUGAGAUUAAACUAUGGCUCUUUUUUGUUAAAAUUAUGAUCGAUUUGCUUAUUUAUAGUUUGGCCACUCAAAACGUAGCCGAUCAAUUUAGAUCUUUUCGAGAACUUACUUUGGAUAUUUGCUUAGUCGACGAGUCAAAAGAUUGGAUUAAAACGGUGGAAAUUUUUGUGACCCAUCUAAACCUAAACGAGUUUAGGGUCCGUCUCCUUGGACUUUUUGAUUUCUCCAACAAACAAUUCCUCGUCAUUGUAUCUGGAAUGGUUACUUAUUUGGUUUUUGUGGUUCAAAGUGUAAUCCAGUUUCGCAAAAACUAACAUUAAGAAAAUUAUAAGCAAAAGCAAAAACUGAACAU